CAAUUCAUGGUUACGUGAUCAUUCUCAACAUCCCCGAACAAAACUAAAUUAGUCGAUUUCAUCUCUUUUUCAUCAUUUGAAUUUUUUUAAUUUAACCAAUUCAUGGUUACACGAUCUGGAUCGAGAAUGGCGCCGAGAAAAGGCAAUCCAAAUGAAUAAAUAUCAUAGAUACAUAAUCGCAGAUCAUGUAUCAGUGGUGCAAAUGGGUAGCUACAAUUAUUACAAGAUGUUCGGUUGCUUCAACCGGAAGUUCAAAAUCAGCGAGUCGGAGCCGCCGCCGGACGUGAGGGAGGCUUUCUGGCGGUACAGUGCGGGAGCGCAGCAGAUGACGGCGGAUCAGCUGCUCAAGUUCAUGGUCCAGCACCAGGAGGAUUCCAAUUGCACCGCCGUGGCCGUCGACGACAUUAUGCAGCACGUCUUCCACCAGCGCCACCACCACAACCACCACCACCACCACCAAGAGACGAGGAACCUCAAUUUCACCCUUGAGGACUUCUUCUACUUCCUCUUUCAAGACGAUCUCAAUGGCCCUAUCAAUCCCCAGGUACACCAUGACAUGACUGCUCCGUUGCAUCAUUAUUUCAUAUAUACAGGUCAUAACUCCUACUUAACCGGGAACCAGUUGAGCAGUGACUGUAGCGAAACUGCUAUCGUAAGAGCUCUUGAGAAUGGUGUGAGGGGAAUCGAGCUCGAUUUAUGGCCCAAUUCGUCCAAAGAUAACGUGCACGUGCUUCAUGGAAGAACGCUUACAACUCCGGUGACACUCAUCAAAUGCUUCAAGUCUAUAAAAGAGCACGCCUUUGUUAAGUCGCCUUACCCUGUCAUAAUCACGUUAGAAGAUCAUCUCAAUCCAGAGCUCCAAGCCCGAGUGGCGGAGAUGGCAAUACGAAUUUUUGGAGACUUGUUGUAUUGCCCUGAAUCAGGAUACGUGGAAGACUUUCCCACAGUUGAGUCCUUGAAACAUAAGAUUAUGCUCUCAACAAAGCCACCCAAGGAGUAUCUUGGGUCCAAUCACGAGGAAGGAGAAACCUCCUCACCAAAGUAUAAAGAUUAUUCUGAUGACGAGACUGAAGCUGAAUCUGAAGCAGAUGACAAGCAAGAAAGCGACAGUGAUUAUGAGGAUUACGACAACUGUGGUAGGGGCAAUGUGGCAGCACCUGAGUACAAACGUCUUAUCGCCAUUCAUGCCGGUAAUGCCAAGAAGAAGAGCUUGAGGCAGGUGCUAAGACUCAGCAUUGAUAGAGCUAGACGGCUUAGUUUGAGUGAGCACGAACUCAAGAGGGCCACAUCCUUGUAUGCUAGUGACGUCGUGAGGUUCACCCAAAAACACUUGUUGAGGGUGUAUCCUAAGGGCACACGAGUAACUUCGUCAAACUUUUGUCCAAUCAUCGCGUGGAUGCAUGGGGCACAGAUGGUUGCGUUUAAUAUGCAGGGAUACGGAAAAGCCCUUUGGAUGAUGCAUGGAUUCUUCAGAGCGAAUGGAGGCUGCGGUUAUCUCAAGAAACCACAUUUGCUUAUGAGCAAGAAUUCAAUCGGCGAUGUCUUCGAUCCCAAAUUGCCAUGGCCCGUGAGGGUGACAUUAAAGGUAAUCGUGUACAUGGGAGAUGGGUGGCGUUUAGAUUUCAGCCACACGCAUUUUGACACAUAUUCACCACCGGACUUCUACACUAAGAUAUACAUCAUCGGUGCGCCACUAGACGCUACCGAGAGUAAAACGAGGAUAAUAGAAGACGAUUGGGCGCCUUACUGGGAUCAGGAGUUCACUUUUCCAUUAAGAGUUCCGGAGCUAGCUCUCCUACGGAUAGAAGUCCGUGAGUAUGAUAGAUCAGACAAGGAUGAUUUCGGAGGGCAGACAUGUAUACCUGUGUCAGAGCUGAGACGGGGCAUCCGAGCAGUUCCACUUUACGACAAGAAGGGUCAAAAAUUCAAAUCUGUUAGGCUUCUUAUGAGGUUUAGGUUUGAAUGAAAUUCAUUUUUGAUGAAAUUUGUAUUUAUGUUUCUUCAUUUAUUUAUUUUUUAGUAACUUUUAUUUGGGCAUAUGCUGAAGCUCCAUUUUGGAUCUCACACAAGGAUUGUUAUGUCCGAAUCCAAUCCGUUUGUACAAUAAUUGUUGCCUUUUUAGGGUACUCACAAUGGAGGCCAUAA